CCCCAUCUCUCAAUAUAUAUUCAAACCCAAAGCUUAUCUUCUUUGCCACCCCAAUUCAUGAGGACAUCUUUCACUGACCUUCUUUCCAACCAUAACAACAGCAACAACAACAGUAACAUGACCAUGGAUGAUGAUUACUGGGAAACUAGUGAACUUAAAACUGAUCAUCAAGUUGGACUUGAUGUUGUUCCCAAAUUCAAGUCUGUUCAACCUCCCUCACUGCCCCUCUCUCCCUCACCAAUUUCCCCUUCUUCUUACUUUGCUUUUACUUCUGCUCUCAGCCCAACUGAGUUCUUGAACUCUUCUUUGUUUCUUUCUUCUCCAAAUAUUUUUGCAUCUCCUACUACUGAGGCUUUUGCUGGCCAGUGCUUGAACUGGAGGAACAGUUCAGGUGAAGACCAACAACAUGACAAGGAGUAUGAGAAAAACUACUCUGACUUCUCUUUCCAAACCCAAACAAAGCCUGCAUCUGUCCUUCAAUCUUCUACAAGCAUGUUUGAAGUGCAGGAACCACUUAAGAAACAAGACAUAUGGAAAUUCAAUGAACCUAAGAAGCAAACUGAUUUUUCAUCUGAGAGGACAGCUACAAAAUCUGAAUACCCUUCAACUCACAGCUUUUCCUCAGAAAUGGCAUCAAGCAAACCAGAAAUACAAAGUAAUUCAGUUACUGGGUCUGGUUAUUUUAACUACACUAAUGCAUCUCAGUCUGUUAGAGAACAGAAGAGAACAGAAGAUGGGUACAAUUGGAGAAAAUAUGGACAGAAACAAGUGAAAGGAAGUGAAAAUCCACGCAGUUAUUACAAGUGCACACAUCAAAAUUGCUCAAUGAAGAAGAAAGUUGAAAGGUCUUUGGAUGGACAAAUUACUGAAAUAGUAUAUAAAGGCAGUCAUAACCAUCCCAAACCCCAGUCUACUAGAAGAACUAGCUCUCAACCAAUUCAUCAACCUUCUUCAUCCUGCACCAACUCAGGGAUUUCUGAUCAAUCAGUGGUGACCCUAGGCAAUCCACAAAUGGAGCCUGUCUCCAUACAAGAAGAUUCUUCAGCCUCAGUGGGAGAGGAAAGCUUUGAGCAAACAUCACAAACCAGUUAUUCUGGAGGAGAUGAAGAUGACCUUGGACCUGAGGCCAAAAGAUGGAAGGGAGAGAAUGGAAAUGAUGGCUAUUCUAUCUCAGGGAGUAGAACUGUUAGGGAACCUAGAGUUGUUGUUCAAACCACAAGCGAAAUUGAUAUACUUGAUGAUGGCUUUAGGUGGAGAAAAUAUGGACAGAAAGUAGUUAAAGGAAAUCCAAAUGCAAGAAGCUAUUACAAAUGCACAGCCCCUGGUUGUUCAGUGAGGAAACAUGUUGAGCGAGCUGCACAUGAUAUCAAAGCUGUAAUCACAACUUAUGAAGGGAAACACAACCAUGAUAUACCUGCAGCACGUGGGAGUGCAAGUUAUAACAUGAACAGAAUUUCUCUGAAUAGCAACACUAGCAAUGUACCAGCACCUAUAAGGCCUUCAGCGGUGAACCAUUAUUCUAGCACAUCAAGUUUCACAAACUCACUUUACAAUGGCAUGCUUCCAACAACUGGAAGUCAAGAAUCAUUUCCAUUGGACAUGUUGCAGAGCCCUGGAAGUUUUGGUUAUUCUGCUCUUGGUAGAUCAAUGGGUUCAUAUACCAAUCAUGAACAAUAAUCUGAUGCUGCAUACCCAAAGGGGUAAGGAUGACAGAAAGGAUGACUCAUUCCUCAAGUCAUUUCUGUCAAAAGGACUUCUAAAUUUGGGACCACAACUUUACAUGUUAUAUUGGAUAUGUUGUUGUAUAGCAUUUAGGAUUUUAGUUAUUCAUAUCAGAAUAGAAACAAAGAACCAUG